GCGUAGAGGUUGGGCGGCCAUCUGCGGGCGCGGCAUGGCGACGGCCAUCGGCGGGGCGUCGCCGGCGGGGCGGGUGAUGGGCCCGGCGCUGGACCGGAUCAUCAAGAACGCGGCGUGGCGGAAGCACUCGGCGCUCGUGGCGGCCGCCAAGGCGGCGCUGGACCUGCUCUCGUCGUCGGCGGCGGCGGCGUACGCGCCCUCGCCGGCGCCGUCGCUGCUGCUCGGGCUGCCGGCGGCCGCCGCCGACGCCUGCAUCCACGCGCUCCUCCUCGCGCUCGAGUCGGCGUCCCCCAAGGUCGCCGACCCGGCCCUCGACUGCGUCGCCAAGCUGCUCUACCACCGACUCCUCGUCGGCGAUCUCGGCGGCGCCGGCGCCGGCGGCGACGACGACUCCCCCGCCUCCAAGCUCCUCGCCGCCGUGCUGUCCUGCGGCGCGCUCGCGGACGACGCCAUGGAGCUCUCCACCCUCCGUGUCCUCGUGGCCGCCGCGCGGUGCCCCUCCAUCGCCAUCCGCGGGGAGGGCCUCGGCCAGAUGCUCAAGACAUGUUACAACAUCUACCUCAGCAGCAGCAGCGGCGCUAACCAGCUCUGCGCUAAGCUGGCGCUCGCGCAGGUGCUGGUGAUCGUGUUCGCGCGCGUGGAGGUGGACUCCAUGGAUGUGCGCGUGAGGACGGUGUCGAUCGCCGACAUGAUGGACAUGUCUGAUCGCAACCUGAACGACUCCAGCAUCGUUCAGGUGGCGCAGAGUUUCAUAAAUGAGGCAAUGGAGGGGAGUGAUGCUCCUGAGCCAGGGACUCCAGUUGCGCCGGCGGAGAUGGACGGAAAGGAGGAUGCUGCUGGCAUGAGCAAGAUCAGGGAGGAUGGGCUGACACUGUUCAAGAACCUGUGCAAGCUGUCGAUGAAGUUCUCGACACCGGAUAACCCCGAAGAUCAGGUGCUGCAGCGGGGAAAGGUGUUGUCUCUUGAACUGCUCAAGAUGGUUAUUGACAAUGCUGGACCAUUCUGGAGAACAAAUGAAAAGUACCUUGGAGCAAUCAAGCAGUAUCUUUGUUUGUCCUUGUUGAAGAACAGUGCCUUGUCAGCAAUGAGUAUUUUCCAGCUCUUAUGCUCCAUAUUUGUGGGUUUACUGUCAAGGUUUAGAUCUGGGCUGAAAGAGGAAAUUGGAAUAUUUUUUCCCAUGCUUGUUCUAAGGGUUCUUGAGAAUGUCCAUCAACCUAGCUUUCUGCAGAAAAUGACAGUUCUAAACCUGUUGGAGAAGAUCUGCAAAGAUCCCCAAGUUAUUGUUGAUGUCUUUGUGAACUAUGAUUGUGAUGUUGAUGCACCAAAUAUCUUUGAAAGGAUUGUCAAUGGACUUUUAAAGACUGCUCUAGGGGUUCCUCCUGGAUCUGCAACAACAUUAACUACUGCACAAGACCAGACAUUUCGUAUUGAGUCAGUCAAGUGCCUCGCAACCAUAAUUAAAUCAAUGGGUUCAUGGAUGGACCAACAGUUGAGAAUUGGUGAAUUUUCACCCAAACCUUCCGAGACAUCUUUAAAUUCGAUAGACAAUCCUAAUAUCCUUGUUGGAGAAGAUGGGGGUGCAGUUGAUUAUGAACUGCAAACGGACUCUGGUAAUCCAGAUCUAUCUGACGCUUCCUCACUUGAGCAGCGUCGAACUUAUAAAAUAGAACUUCAGAAAGGAAUUUCCUUGUUUAACAGGAAACCUUCCAAGGGUAUUGAUUUUCUCAUAAAAAGCAAGAAGAUAGGUCAUUCCCCAGAAGAUGUUGCAUCUUUCUUGAGAAAUACUGCUGGUUUAAACGCAACAAUGAUUGGCGAUUAUCUGGGCGAAAGAGAUGAAUUCCCUAUCAAAGUUAUGCAUGCAUAUGCAGAUGCACUGAACUUUGAAGGUAUGGACUUUGGUGAAGCCAUUAGAUAUUAUUUGCAGGGCUUCAGGCUUCCUGGAGAAGCACAGAAAAUUGAUCGGAUCAUGGAAAAGUUUGCUGAACGAUACUGCAAGCGCAACCCAAAUUCUUUUACCAGUGCAGAUACUGCGUAUGUUCUUGCUUAUUCUGUAAUCAUGCUCAAUACUGAUGCUCACAAUACGAUGGUCAAAGAUAAGAUGUCCAAGUCUGAUUUCAUUCGUAAUAACCGAGGAAUUGAUGAUGGCAAGGAUUUGCCUGAAGAUUAUCUGAGUACAUUGUAUGAUCAAAUUGUCAAAAAUGAGAUCAAAAUGAGUGCUGAUUCAUCAGUUCCACAAAGCAAGCAACCUAGUACUGUAAUUAAGCUCUUAGGCUUGGAUAACAUUAUCAAUCUUGUCAACUGGAAGCAGGCUGAAGACAAGGCACUUGGAGCAAAUGACUUACUCAUCAAGAACAUACAAGAGAAAUUCAAAGCAAAGAGUGGGAAAUCAGAAUCUAUCUUUCAUGUUAUCACUGAUUCAACCAUUUUAAGAUUCAUGAUGGAGGUUUGUUGGGCCCCUAUGAUGGCUGCAUUCAGUGUUACGCUUGACCAAAGUGAUGAUAAGGCCGCCACAUCACAGUGUUUGCAAGGGUUCAGAUCUGCAGUGCAUGUCACUGCUGUUAUGUGUAUGCAGACGCAGCGAGAUGCCUUUGUGACGUCUGUAGCCAAAUUCACUUAUCUCCAUUGUGCUGCGGACAUGAAACAAAAGAAUGUGGAUGCUGUGAAGGCUAUAAUAUCCAUCGCAAUUGAAGAUGGCGACUAUUUGCAGGAUUCCUGGGAGCAUGUACUAACAUGUCUUUCACGGUUUGAGCAUUUACAUCUCCUUGGAGAGGGGGCACCUACUGAUGCUUCAUUUUUGACAGUGCCUUUGGUUGACUCAGAAGAUAAAACACAAAAGUCAAGUAGCACUACACUUUCAAAGCGAACUAAUGCUCUUCAGAAUCCAGCUGUAAUGGCUGCCGUCAGAGGGGGUUCUUAUGACAGCACAACAGCUAAAAAUAAUGCCUCGCCAUUGGUUACUCCUGAACAGAUAAAUAGCUUCAUAUCAAACAUAAAUCUGUUAGACCAGAUUGGCAUUUUUGAGUUAAAUCAUAUAUUUGCUCAUAGCCAAAGAUUAAACAGUGAUGCCAUUGUUGCUUUUGUGAAAGCUCUAUGUAAGGUCUCGAUCACGGAGUUGCACUCUCCUACGGAACCUCGCAUCUUCUGCCUAACAAAGAUUGUGGAGAUUGCACAUUACAAUAUGAACCGGAUACGUCUAGUGUGGUCUCAUAUUUGGAAAGUUCUGUCAGACUUCUUUGUGUCUGUAGGAUUGUCUGAAAAUCUAUCAGUUGCGAUAUUUGUAAUGGACUCUUUGAGGCAGCUAGCGAUGAAGUUUCUGGAAAGAGAGGAACUGGCAAAUUACAAUUUCCAGAAUGAAUUCCUGCGACCUUUUGCAGUUGUUAUGCAGAAGAGCAAUGCUUCAGAAGUACGAGAACUUAUAGUUCGAUGCAUCUCCCAAAUGGUUUUGAGUCGUGUUAGCAAUAUAAAAUCUGGAUGGAAAAGUGUUUUUACGGUUUUUACUGCUGCUGCUGCUGAUGAUAGAAGAAGUAUUGUACUGUUGGCAUUUGAAACCAUGGAAAAGAUUGUUCGGGACUAUUUUCCACACAUAACUGAGACUGAAACCACAACAUUUACUGAUUGUGUUAAAUGUCUCAUUACAUUCACGAGUAGUAAAUUUAGCAGUGAUGCUAGUCUGAAUGCUAUUGCAUUUCUUCGGUUCUGUGCUGUUAAACUUGCUGAGGAAGGAUUUGUUUCUCAUGAAAAGGAUACUGACCACCAGACAAAUGACUUAGAUCCGCCUGAUGGGAAUGCCACACUACACAAGGAUGAUCAUGUUUAUUUCUGGGUUCCUCUGCUUGCCGGUCUCGCUAGAUUGACAACUGACACUAGACCAACAAUCAGAAAAGGUGCAGUGGAAGUACUAUUUGAUAUUUUGAAGGACCACGGUCACCUCUUCUCGCAAUCAUUCUGGAGAAAUAUCUUUGGAUCUGUUAUUUAUCCUCUAUUUAGCAGUGAUAGCUCUACACCAAAUGGACACAUUAAUAUAACUGAGGAUGAUUCUUGGAAUUCUGAAACUAAAACAGUAGCAGUGAAGUGUUUAGUUGAUUUGUACAUUACCUUCUUUGAUGUGAUGCGGCCAGAACUUUCUAGAGUUACUUCUGUUGUUGCAAAUUUUAUCAGAAGCCCUUAUAAACCGUCUGCUAGCACAGGUUUAUCUGUUUUUCAGCGUUUAACAGAAGGACUUGCAAGCAAACUCUCCAAGGAGGAAUGGAAAGAGAUCUUGUUGUGUUUUAAAGACUCAGCAGUGCAAACAUUUGUCUUGUUUGACAAUAUAGUUAGGGUGAUGCAAGAUAUAGAAAUUCCAGAUAGAAAUGAAUCUUACUCAGAAGCCGAACGAUAUUCAGAUCAUGACAUAUAUAAUGAUGAUGAUGAGGAAGCUAAUAUGGAAACAACAUCGUAUGCUAUUGUUAAAAUGAAGAAUCUAAUGGCCCAGCAGCUCUUAGUUGUUCAGGGCAUAGUUAAAUUGUAUGAGACACACAGACGGUUUCUUUAUGCUGAGCAUAUGGGAAUAAUUUUGGAGACACUAUCAGCUAUUGCGUCACAUGCAAGUGAAGUGGCCUCUAAAUCUACCUUGCACAUAAAGUUCCAUAAAGCAUGUUCCCUUUUGGAGGUAUCUGAGCCAGCAGUCAUUCAUUUUGAGAACGAGUCAUACCAGAGCUACCUCAAACUUCUGCAAGCUCUGCUUCAUGACAACCCUUCAAUGUCAGAAGAUAUGAACAUUGAGUCACAUAUUAUGCUUGUUUCCGAGAAAAUACUACGGAAGUAUCUCAACUGUGCAGGGCAUGAACAAUCCAGCGAUUCUUCUGGCAGAGAUCCAGCUUUACACUGGAUACUGCCUUUGGGCACUGCUAAGAAGGAGGAACUGUCUGCUAGAACUUCAUUGGUCCUUCAUGUAAUGCGGUUAUUGGGUGGCCUAGAGAGGGACUGCUUUAGGAGAAACUUGCCCCUCUUUUUCCCCUUAUUAACUAACCUCAUUCGCUGUGAGCAUAGCUCUGGAGAAGUUCAGCUUGCACUGUAUGAUAUAUUCCAGUCAUCAAUAGGCCCUAUAAUAUCAACAUAGUACAAUAUCAUUUGUUUAGCGGUUGUGCAAUUUUGCCAUUCCAA